UCGAUUUUUGACGUGAUUUCGUUACGAGUUGUUUUCUUGGCAGUGAAUAAUCAUUUUUGCUUCAAUAAUAACACAGAAUAUUGUAUGUCUUUACAAUUUUGUGAUGUGAAUAUUUGAAAGAUAAACUUUCCCUAACCAACAUGGGCUUGAAGGCGUUCGAUAUCGCCGCUCUAAUAUUGAACUUGAUACAUUGCGUUUACUCUGACCACAUCCUGUCCUGUAACGUGUCUGCUAUCCACCAAUGCCCCGAAGAGCAUAAGUUUUGUAAUGAGAAAACGGGACAGUGCGAAUGUUUACAGGGCUUUACGUUAGUGGAAAAACAUUGUGAACCUUCCGAGUCUGCCUUGACGACUCGCCACACCGCCACGGCGGCUAUAGUUACCAUAUUUACACUGGCUCUCGUCAUAUGCGGCCUAGUUUUAGUCGUAAGAAGGUAUAAUUUAAUCGAAUAUAUACGUCAGAAGAUCAAUUUGAGAAGAAACAAUGAUGUUAUGUACGAGGACGUGAUGAUAGGCCAGGAUGACCCGCCCCUCAGUCCUUGAAGUGGCCUUGGUAGCUAAAAACCGUUUUUAAAGUUGUUAGAAUUCUGUGUUCUUUAGUUAUAGGACUAUAUUGUAAAUUGCAUGCCCAUCUUGCCUUAA